AUGGAAGGUUCUCAGAAGGGUAAGGCCAUGCAAGAAGAGGAAGAGAAGGGAAAAGAGGAAGUACGAUACCGGGGUGUCCGAAGGCGGCCAUGGGGGAAGUAUUCGGCGGAGAUACGCGACCCGUCUAGACAGGGGCAGCGGCGGUGGCUUGGAACAUUUACCACUGCGGAGGACGCAGCUCGGGCUUAUGACCGAGCUGCCUUUGGCUUAAAAGGCCAUCUUGCCAUCUUAAAUUUCCCCAAUGAGUACCAUCCCAUACUCACAAGCCCUCCACAUCCACCAUCAUCAUUUUCAUCGUCCCCAUUAUCUUCUUCAUCAUCGUCAUCGUCGUCUUCUUCUUCUUCGUAUGUUCCAAUUGAGCGUUUCGAGAAGGAAAGUUCAUCAAGUGGACGACAGAGGGAAGUCAUUGAGUUGGAGUACUUGGAUGACAGUGUGUUGGAGGAGCUUCUUGAAUCAGAUGAAGAGAAGAAGAAACACGGAUAAGAUUGAGACCCAAAAUAAUUCCCUCUUGUUUGGUAUUCUUUUACCAAAUUUUCUCCUUCUUUUGGUCCUUGGAAAGCAUGAGAAUUGGG